CUUUUAGCUUGUUCUCUAGGCACUCCCUGCUGCAGGAUGAAUUAGGAAGGCAAGGCCUCUUCCUCUGAACCAUGGAGACGAGGGCAUCUUUCAUCGCCACCAUGCAAGAGACCCAGCAUCUCUCCCCAGAGAAGGGUCAGAGCCCGGCUAAUGGGAACAGGGAGCAGUUUGAUUCAGAUGAGGGCUCCAGCAUCGAGGACGCAGACUUCAACUGGGACGAGUUCCUGGAGGAAACAGGAGCCAGCGCUGCUCCCCACACCUCCUUCAAACAUGUUGAAAUCAGCCUUCAAAGCAGUUUCCAACCAGGAAUGAAAUUAGAAGUGGCCAACAAGAGCAAUCCAGACACAUAUUGGGUGGCUACGAUCAUUACAACAUGUGGACAGCUCUUACUGCUUCGUUACUGUGGCUAUGGAGAUGACCGCAGGGCAGAUUUCUGGUGUGACGUGAUGACAGCAGAUCUUCACCCCGUUGGCUGGUGUACACAGAAUAACAAGGUCCUGAUGCCUCCAGAUGCAAUCAAAGAGAAAUACAUGGACUGGACGGAGUUUCUCAUACACGAUUUGACUGGCGCCCGGACGGCACCUGCAAAUUUACUGGAAGGC